UAAAAAAAAAAAAUAAAUAACUGUUUAAAACGCCAAUGCAGCAAUUUAAAGAUAUAUAGAGGACAUGGGGGAAGCAGCCAAAGUUCCCACUUGUCCUGAACGCAGCACGAUGACGUCAUUGUGUGUGUGGGCGGGGCUAAAAUGGAUAAGUGACCGCGAGAACACGGAGGCAUCGCGAGAUUUGCACAGAAUCCAGAGUGAAUCCAGGACAGCAGAGAGGAGACCUGCUGGAUCUCAGAGACCAGGACCAGAACCAGAACCAGAACCAGGACCAGGACCAGGACCAGAACCAGAACCAGAACCAGAACCAGGACCAGGACCACUACAAGAGCGGAAUGGAGGAGGACCAGCAGAACCCAGACCAGCAGAGCAACAAGGUCCCCAGUAGACCAGCAGCAGGCACGUCCUCUGAUCCCACCGAUGUUCAGAAACGAAGAGAAGGAGGGGGACUCAAACGUCACAGCUGUCAGCUCUGUGGCAAAUCCUUCACAACAUCUGGAAGUUUAAAGAUUCAUCAGCGUGUUCACACUGGAGAGAAACCGUACAGCUGCGACCAAUGUGGUACAACUUUUUCUUGGAGUACUCACCUUAAAGGACACCAACGCAUUCACACGGGAGAGAAACCGUACAGCUGCAACGAAUGUGGUACAACUUUUUCUCGGAGUACUCACCUUAAAAGCCACCAACGCAUUCACACUGGAGAGAAACCGUACAGCUGUGACCAAUGUGGGGCAGCUUUCACCAGUCAAGGUGGUCUAGAAAUGCAUCGAUGUGUUCACAGUGGAGAGAAACCGUACUGGUGUGACCAAUGCGGUAAAACUUUUUCUCAGGUUAAUGCCCUUAACAGACACCGACUCAUUCACACUGGAGAGAAACCGUACUGGUGUGACCAAUGUGGUAAAACUUUUUCUCAGGAUAGUUCCCUUAAAAGACACCAACGCAUUCACACUGGAGAGAAACCGUACCGGUGUGACCAAUGUGGUAAAACCUUUACUCAGAGUAGUCACCUUAAAUCCCACCAGUGCAUUCACACUGCAUCGUUGUGAACAUGUUUCAGAGGCCAGCUAGCUGUUUCCUCCUGCCUCUUCCCCAUGCCCUGAUAGCUAUGUUGUUAUAUUCUGAGCUUCUCUCCACAUUGAAGUUUGACCAACAGUAACUUUACAAAACAAUUCAUCAAGAAAAUAAUCAGCAGAUUAAUGGAUGGUAAAGAAAAAAAUGUAUUACAUGAAUAAAGGUCAGUAUGUAGCCGUAGCCACAAGAACAUACAUGCUGUUUAGAACAUAAAGACCAGAAACUGUUGACUGUAGUCGAACCCCUGGGCCUGUGCCCCGUAGACCCGUUCAAUAAUUCAUCCACGAGUCAACAGCUGGAGAAAGAUCAAGGAGGACAUUCACAUCCGACACCAGAGACCAUCUUUGAACAGAGACAGGGGUUACCAUCUCCCCCCGAAUACAACCACCUGUUAUCAUGUGACUGUGCUGGACUAGCGUCAUGUGAUGACAACUGAGGAAGGUUAAGUGCUGAAGAAGGCCAUGGAAGGUGGUCAAAAGCUCCAAAAAGAGAGUAUGUGAGCCUUGAGUUUAGAAUGAUUUAUUCCAGAUGUGUUCCCAUUAUUGUUUUUAUCAGCUUCAUGCAUAUUCUUUUGUUCUUAUUGUUUUAUAGUUCAACAUUAUAUUUUCCUCCUCUGUGUAAUUUUCAUUGAAUAAUCUUUAUUUUACAUUUAUAUUCUUGUUUUUAUUUUCUAUGACUGAAUGUGGUUUUGAAUCUGUCGAUGUUCUCAUUAAAUUAGUCGACACAAA